UGAUAACAAACCAGCAUGAGCACCGCCUCUUGUGACGUCAGAAGCAAAGGGCAGAGGUUAGCAUCGGCAAAGCUGGCGGCGCUCAUGGAUCUGAGUUUUGAACUCCUUCCUUCCGAUCCUUUGCUUUUAAUACUAUCUUACUUGGACUUCAAGGAUCUUUUCAGUUGCAGUUAUGUAUGCCGAAGACUGAAUCAGCUCGUAAACCAUGAUCCUCUGUGGAAACGAUUCUGCCAGAAAUACUGGCUUGUAUCUGACAGGACAGAGAAAUCACACGAGAAGAAAAGCUGGAAGUGCAUAUUCAGAGGUUAUUACAAGGAAUAUGGGAGAUAUAUUGAACACUAUGUUACUUUGAAAUACGCUUGGGAUAGUUUAAAGGCUUAUUUGGAGCAGAGAUGUCCCCGAAUGCUCACAUCUUUGAAGGACGGUGUGAGGGAAGAAGAUCUUAACAGGAUGGAGUUGCAGAUUGGCUGCAAGUUACCAAAUGAUUACCGGUGCUCAUUUCGUAUCCAUAAUGGACAGAAGCUGGUGGUACCUGGGCUACUGGGAAGCAUGUCAUUAUCAAAUCAUUACCGCUCUGAGGACCUGUUGGAUAUCGAUACGGCAGCUGGUGGUUUUCAGCGUAGAUCAGGGUUGAAACAGUGCCUUCCUUUAACUUUUUGUAUUCAUACUGGCCUCAGUCAAUACAUGGCACUAGAGACCUUGGAGGGAAGAAAUCAACAUGAAAUCUUUUACCAGUGUCCAGAUCAGAUGGCAAGAAAUCCAUCAGCUAUUGACAUGUUUAUUACAGGCACAUCAUUUUCUCAAUGGUUUACUUCCUAUGUGAAUAAGGUUGUAAGCGGAGAGUAUCCAAUCAUAAAGGAUCAAAUUUUCAGAUAUAUCCAUGAUAAAGAAUGUGUCAGCAGAACAGGGGACAUUACAGUAUCCGUCUCGACUUCCUUCCUCCCAGAGCUAAGUUCUGUGCAUCCACCACACUACUUUUUUACAUACAGGAUCCGAAUAGAGAUGUCAAAGGAUGCUUUGCCUGAGAAGGCCUGCCAACUUGAGAGUCGUUACUGGAGAAUAACAAAUGCAGACGGAGAUGUGGAAGAGGUCCAGGGACCAGGGGUUGUAGGUGACUUUCCUAUUAUGAGACCAGGUAAAGUGUACGAGUACACUAGUUGCACUACCUUCUCUACCACUUCAGGGUGCAUGGAGGGUUACUACACCUUUCAUAGACUAUACAAAGUGAAUGAGGUCUUCAAAGUAACUAUUCCCAGGUUCCACAUGGUCUGUCCAUCAUUCAAGGUGUCAGUGGCUCGGACGGAUACAGAUCAUGGUGAAAACAUUUUUGAAGAUGAAGAUUCAACAGAUACAGAUGACCAUGAGGAAGUACACAGGAUCAUUAAUAUUCCAGCUCCUGCUGGCCGCUGUCCUCGCCACACAAUGUAAAUCCAGUGGAGGGAGCGAAUCACUACUGCAGAUUCAUGUACAAGACGAAUGGAAUGUUGCUGUCUGUGUGGUGAUGCAUUUGUACAGUUCUUAAAUGGGUUUCAAGUGAGGAAUUCAGUGACCAUUUGAUGUUUAUUUGAAUCAUGAGCUUGGAAGAAUUUCUAGUUUUGAUAUUUGUAUUAAUGGCAAGUCAUUCCAUGGUCUUUUUGGAUGAACUCUACUGCAUCACAGGAAUAGCACAAAUUGAGCUUUGGAAUGAAACAGUAUUGCUUCUGCUUGACACACAACCACUUUCUUAAGAUCUAAAAGUACUGAAAAAACAUAAUAGAAGAAUUUGUCUUGAACCAUCUGGCUGCAGCCUCUGGAGCUUCAUUCCAUCAGGAGCAGGUUGUUGCAUGGACAUUACAGCUGCAUAGUUACAACUGUCAUGCAAACUGCAGAAGCUGUAUUUAUAUAAAUGUAUUUUUUUUUCUUUUUUUUUUUUUUCCUUGUAAAUAUUUUAAGUGAAGUGAGGAGACAGAGUAUUUGUUAGCAUAUUUUGAAUGCAAUUGAUCAUUUAGAGCAUUUCUGAUAAUUUUUACUUGUCAGAUUCUGGAAGUUAGUGCUCUGUAUUGUCUAUUUCUAAAUUUGACUGUUAACCUGGCAACAAAUGCAAGAGUGUUCCUUUUUAUAUGCAAAAGGAUAUUGGCACACGUAUAAUACUAACAUCUGAGGCAACAUAGCAGAAUGAGAGUUUAUAUUCUUUUCAAAAUAAUUUUUGGGAAAUACAGUUAAAAUUACCAAAA